GACAAUUUUUUUAAAACGUUGUCAAUAUUACAUGCUAUCUUUUUAAAUUUAAUGCAUUUUAUAUUAAUUUUGUGUCUUCUUUUUUAUACAUACUAUUUCAUUCCAGCAAAUAGAUUGUUAUUUCCCCAGGGAUAAAAGACAAUCAGGAGCAUCGGUAAUUGGGUUACGUUCGUGAUAGCUUGCAACGUUAUUCAAUAACAAUAUUAUAGCAUAUACCAAGAUGUGCAGUGGACGUCUUAUAAAAGCUGAGCCGUUUUCCGAAAUCAGCAGAUCACAGCCAUCCUUCCUUCGAAGAAGACAUCUUACAGCUUAAGACAGCCCUUCAAUUACCCAUCAUCAAAAUGGUGUCCACUCGCUUCGUUCUUGCUAUCGUUGCUGCCCUCUUCGUCCUCGCCAUCAGCGUCGACGCUGCCUACAGGAAGCCACCCUUCAAUGGCAGCAUUUUCGGCAAACGAUCCAGCACCAUCACUGAUUACGAAAUCACCAGCCGAGCCAUGUCAUCGGUCUGCGAAUCUGUCACCGAGACAUGCAACGCCUGGUUGGCACGACAGGACUCUAACUAAAGAUCCGAAACCAAGAUUCAGCUUCAAACAUCAAUAACGCUGCUUAACAUUUAAUAAUAUGAUAACGUCGCUUGUGCUGGUUUCUCGUUUAUCAAUUCCUCUGGCGCUUCAAGAUUCGUCGCAUCGUCCAAAACACUCGUCCUCGUAUAAUCAUUAAGCAUAUACAAAUUAAUCAUGACUGUGUAAAUGUUCUGAUAUAAUAAA